AUGAGUUCGUUAUACGGGUUUUCAUCCGAAACAUUAUCGGAUCUUCGAAAGUUUCGAUUUGCCAGUGGCAGAGCUACUAAAAUGCAAGCCAUUAUAUAUACCAUUGAUAAAGAAUCCUAUGAUAUCAGGAAGGAAGACGGGGCCACCGUCUACGAGUCGAUCGAGGAACUCGUGGAAGAUUUACCCGAUAACAGCCCCCGUUACGUUCUUUUAUCCUAUCCGUUCAAGUUGCCAGAUGGAAGAUUGAAGAAUCCGUUGGUGCUUGUCUAUUGGAGACCCCCCACAUCCCUGGCCAACCAGAUGUUGUACGCCGGGGCCGUGGAACAGUUUCGGGAAAAAGCCGGGGUUUCCAAGCUCCUCGAGUUCCAGGAGGAGGAAGACUUUGAGGACAUGGAAGACCAAUUGCAGUAG